CAAUGGAAAAAUCACCACAAAAAUUUUAUGAAAUUAUCAUCAAUGCUACUUCUACAGUAGAUUAGAUAUACACAGCAAUUUUUGAAUUGAGAACCAUUAAUAAUAAGGAAGCAAUAGAACUCUUGAAAUAGGGUUUUUAUCAUCUUAAUAAAGUUGAGAAUAAAUCAUGUUUAUUAUUACAUGAGAUUGCUUAUGCUUUAGGAUAAGCAGAUUUAAGUUUGGAAUCUAUAAUUACUUAAUUUCUAAUUUAAAUAAUAAGUGAUGAUUAAUAAUUUGAUGUUGUAAGACAUGAAGCUGCUGAGGCAUUAGCAAAUAUUAAUUAAAAAGAGGCAUUGGAUAUAUUUGAUAAAUAUUCUAAAAAGAAUGUUAAUGAUAAUCUUAAUAUCUUAUAAGAUACAUGUAUAAUUGGUUUAGAGAAGGCAAAGACAAUUCAUGAACUUGGACAUUUAUAUGGAUAAAAAUAUCUUGGUACUAGAGAACCUGCUGCUCCAUUUGAAAAAUUAGAUAAGGAUCCAGUAGAAUAUAUAUUGGAUGAUUAGACAAGUUUAUUUAAUAAAUAUAGAGCACUUUAUUAUUUAAGAAAUAAUGCUGAAAUAUAUUUUAAUAAUAUUGAUUAAUUAUUAAUAAGUAAUAAACUUGGAGCAUUGUUUAAACAUGAGGUAAUUUAUAUAUAUAUAUAUUAUAAUUUAGAUUUGUUUUGUAAUUGGUUAAGUUGGAGUAGCACCAAAAUAAAUACAUGAAGCUUUAAUUAAUAUGAUAAAGGAUGAAAAUUAACCAGCAAUUGCUCGUCAUGAAGCUAUUGCUGCUUUUUAGACAGUUAGUUCAAAUAAAGAAAUUACACUGGAGAUUUUGAAUGAAUAUGCUAAAAGUAUUGAUUAGAUAGUUAGGGAAACUGCUAUAGUAUCAUUAAAGAUGAUGGAAUUUUAUGGUUGAUU